AUGCCUGAAGGAAGAGACCCCAUCCCCCCGCUUCAGACCUGGAUGGAGGACCAUAUCAUGUUCCCCUAUCAGACUGGGCAGCCUUUUCCUAAUCGGUCUGCCCACGGGCUGGGAGGGCAAGAAAACUUCUAUUUAGUCCGCUCAGAAGGGGCACUUUUCCUGUGUUGCUCAUCGGAGGCGUCCAUUUCUAACAGUGCAGAGGCGCUGUGUGCCCACCUGCCUGCCCCACCCUGCCGCAGGUGUUGCUGGGCUUUCUUAAGUCUUCAGCUAGGAAGUGCGGGGAACCUAGAAAGUCAGGCCCUCCUUUGCACGGGAAAUCCUGCACACUCUGUAACCCUCUCUUGGAAUCCUGCUGGCCCCGGGCAUCUCGUGCGCACCGUCCUUCGAACAACUGCCUAUUUUUUUGGGGGGGGGCGGUCGGUCGGGCUGUGGGCAACAGUCAGGGUACCAGGGUACCCAGGCCCUUCACUGACCUCCUCCCCGUCCCCCGCCCCCGCAGGCGUGAAGACCCCCUUGUGGAAGAAGGAGCUGGAGCAGCCCGGGACCAGGGAGGCGGAGGCGGAGGCGGAGGCCGCGGAGGAGGGGUCGGAGGAGGACGAGGAGGAGGACGAGGAGAGGCCGCCGGAGGAGCGCGCGGCCGAGGGCGACGCGGAGGGCGGGGAGGCGGAGGGCGGCGAGGGCCGGGAGCGGGGCUCCGUGUCUUACUAUCCGCUGCGCCAGGAGUCCAGCACCCAGCAGGUGGCGCUGCUGCGGCGCGCGGACAGCGGCUUCUGGGGCUGGUUCAGCCCCUUCGCACUGCUCGGCGGCCUGGCCGCUCCAGCCAACAGGAAGCGGAUCCCCCCGGAGGAACCGUGCGUGCUGGAGACGCGGCGGCGGCGGCUGCGCGGCGGGGGCUGCGCGCGCUGCGAGAUCCUUUUCUGCAAGAAGUGCGGGAACCUGCACAGCUCGCCGAACUACGUGGCGCACUGCGUUCUGGAGCACCCGGAUCUGCGGGAGGCGCGGGCUUCUGGAGGCGCAGGGGCUGCCGUGGGCCUUUGA